UCAGUUUUUACCAAAUACUUUUUUUGUCUUGAGUUUAAUUUUCAGGGACUCUGGUCAGGCCGCCUGGCGACCUGCUCUGUCUGACUGAACCAGGGCAGUUGUGGCUACUAUCCAGUAGCAUGCCACCAUCUGUGUGUGUGUGUGUGUGUGUGUGUGUGUGUAUGACUGCAUUGUGAAGCGCUUUGGGCUCCUCUUCAGUUCAAACCUUUUAAUGUUUUAUUUUUCAUGAAAUGUAAACAGAAAUGGAGCAGCGUUUUGUUUUUGGUAAAAGGCGGUGAGUCAUUUCUCUCGCCAGGCUUGGCUCUCAAGUUUGUUGUGGUUGUAUUUACCCAGAAUACCACAACAAACCCAUUUCCUGCUCUUGGAGCGGUUUCUGGUCCGUUUGGCGUUCAGAGACUCAUUUGAACCACAGCUCAGCUCACUUCAACCGAACAAAGCCCACAAACCCGGUUUGUUGGUAGCUCUGAGUUCAGUUGUUUGGUUUGCAUUCACGCCUUCCCAAACGAACCUGACCUGCUAUGCAAGUGGACUGGAGUUUUAGCCAAGUGGACUAAAUGAACUCUAGAAGUCCAAUGCCCCGUGGAUAAAGCAGAACUUUACAGUGAGGGUGAAUGGUUGUCUCUGUGUGUGUUGGGCUGGCAGACCGGAUGACUUUGUCUACCAGACCACAGAUGCUCUGGGUUUCUGUUUCUGCUCUACUUCACUUUUUGCUGUGUGGUCUGGCCAAAGAAAGCUUAGCAUAUUUAGGUUGUUGUUCAGCUUAGACUGUAACUUUUGUUUUUGAGAACUUGUGAUUAAACUGCAGCCUCAUUGCUCAAAGCGAGAUCACACCUAUCAGAAAUAAAAGGUGGGAAAACUGAUGAGGUUGAAGUGAGAAACUGCUCAAACGUGUGUUGUCUUUAGCUUUCAGUGUCUCCUCAGAGAAUCAGGAUCCAGCAUAGCAACAGAGACUUAGAGGUCAUAGACAAAAUUAAAACAUAUUCAUCUGCAGACCUUUGAGACUUUAACGAUGGCCAAAGACUCACAUGAAGAGAUUUAUGAAAAUGUUCAAACCAUUUCAAACGAGAGAAAAGAAAAAACAUCAAUAACUUGUUCCAGUCGUCUGUCGUGUUUGUGGAUAAUUAGUUUCCUCCUGGUGGGAAGCAUUGUGGCCAACAUCUGGAUGUGUCUUCAGAUGUACCAACAGAAAGCAACUUCCCAGGAGCUGGAGAUGAAGAUGGGAAAACUACAAAACUACAGCGAGGAGCUGGAGAUGAAGAUGGGAAAACUACAGAAUCACAGUGAAGUGUUGACUCAUGAGAAUAAUGACCUGAACUUAUGGCUGAACUUUUUUCUGAAAUUCAAAAAUGUUCAAGUCUCAAAUUACUGCAGUGGCGAAAAGUGUCGGCCAUGUCAGGAAGGAUGGGUUGAGUUUCAGAAAAAGUGCUAUCUGUUUAUUGAUGAACAACCUUGGAAAACCUGGAAGCAAAGCGAUGAGCACUGCAAAAGCAAAUCCGCAGAUCUGGUCACUAUUGAUCACCUGCAAGAACAGGAGUUUCUCAGUAAACAGAUUAAGUCUUACUAUGAUGAAUAUCAUGGAUUCUGGUUGGGUUUGCGUGAAAUUAACAACAGAUGGGUGUGGACUGACGGACGUAAUGACACUCUGGGGUUCUGGAUGGGAUCAGUUUAUGGUCCCUCUGGUCCGUUUGCUCUGCUGAUCCCAGGAAAAACUCCGACAAAUAGCUGGGACACAUCAGAUAACGGCUUUCUGAACAAAUUCAUCUGUGAGCAAGAAGCCCUGGUGAAGCUUGAAGCCAGAGCCAGGUGAUUCUCUGACCUUUGACCCAACACUGCGGGUUUACAGAAACAAAUGUCUGCUACCUAAAUGAGCUUUUCUUGACCUCCUGCUCCAGCGAACAGAGUUUGCAGCUCGUUAGUCUGUUUGUGGUGACAGAGCCGCGCGACUCGAGUUCACGAUAAAAUCAAACUUCAGAGAAAUGUGUUGCUUUGAAAUUACAACCACAGACAGAGCAAAAAGAAAGAAGCAAAGACAAACAUUUAAACAAAUUAAAUGUUUGUCUUCUUACAAAGACAAACAUUUAAUUUGUCUUUGUAAAAAGUGUUGCAUCAUAUUUAACCCACUAAGUGUUCAGAAGCAAGCUGGUUUCACAGCUUCUACUCAUUUUUAAUAUUUUAUCUGCACAGAUUAAUAUUGUAUUCUUUAUUAAUUUUUUAAUGUUUUUUAUUCUUAUGUUUGAAUCUUUUUGCUUUGAUUGCUUGUCACUUUGCUGAUGCAACAAAAUUUGAGAAACAAUAAAGGAAUUUCUGUUC